CCACUGAUACUGAGCGUGCAGGCGAACAUACGUGCGACCGGGGUAGAUCAGCACGGCUUGUCUCUGCGUUUCUCCCAGGACGACAACAACACCGAUCUCUUACUGCACCUCGCAGUGAUAGCGGGCGCGCACCGUCGCACACCGUUGAAGGAAUCUGCGUGCCACACUACUGCCAUUGGCCCAUAUACCCAUAUCCGCCACGACGUCGGCGAAAGCGGGGGCGCACUCGACACUACUUGAAGCUCCACCACUGUAAACCCCCACGGGGCGCACGUAGUCGGAUCCAUGGCAACGUCGACCGCGACCGCGAACGGGCGCUCCUCGUCGCAGGAGCGCGGCACCGGGCCAGGCUCCUCGUCGCACCUCCGCACCUCGCCCUCGCCAUUGCGCACCAUGACCUCCCCCUCCUCCAACUUCUCUCCCUCCUCCACCCCGCCUUCCUCCUCGUUCACGCCCUCGGCCUCCACGUCCUCCGCGGUCUCCUCCUCGACCACAACAUCCGCGGCGCUCACCUCCGCCGUCACCGCCGAGGCGCUGCUCAGCCAGCACGCCGCCGCUGCGAACCCUCCCCUGGCCGCGCUAGACCAGGCCCUGUCGGAGCGCAACCUGCUCAGUAGCCAGAACCAGCAGCUUUGGAAGCUCGUCGAGAAACAGCGCAGCGGGUACAACCAGAUCAUGAAGGAGCUCGAGCGCGUGCGUGGCGAGCGGGACGGGUACAAGGGCCGGCUGGUCGCCCUCGGGGAGGGCGUCGAGAAGGACAAGGAGGGGAGGGACAAGAGGGAGAAAGACGCAAAGCCGCUCAAAGCGUCCGCGUCGACGCCGGGGAUCAACGGCAGAGAGACGCCGACUGGGCGGGCACCGCUGGUGCGGCACCAAUCUGACGAUCAUG